AUGUGUGACAUGGGGGGAUUGGAUAACCUGGUGGCCAAUACGGCCUACCUAAAAGCCCAGGGUGGUGAUGACAAGGAGAUGAAAAAGCGCCGUCGAAGCUUGUCUCUCCCAAAGCCUGACCAAUGUGCUACAGUACGAGCUUCCAUCGACAAGGACUUUAUAUCACUUUGUGAAAGGCAGCCUAUUGGCAAAAAGUUUUUCCGUGAUUUCCUGGCAAACAACAAAGAUUUCAAGCUGGCUGCUGAUUUCCUGGAUGAGCUCUAUGAUUGGGAUCUGGCUGAAGGUGCAGCAAAAGACAAGGCCCGCCAAAACAUCAUCAAAAACUAUUGCAAGGCUGACUCCAAAAAUUUCCUGUCCUUUCUCAGCGGGGAGCCUGCUGAAAAAUGCAAGGGAGUGACAGAUGCCAACUUUGACGAGGUGAUGAAAUCCAAGGUCCAGGAAGGCGUACGAAGUUAUCUCAAAGACAAACCCUUUACUGACUACCAGGCCAGCCCCUACUUUGAUAAAUUCCUCCAGUGGAAAGAGUACGAGAAACAGCCCAUCAGUGACAAAUACUUCUAUGAGUUUAGGACUCUGGGGAAAGGUGGCUUUGGAGAGGUAUGUGCUGUUCAAGUUAAGAACACAGGCCAGAUGUAUGCCUGUAAGAAGUUGUGUAAAAAACGACUGAAGAAGAAGGGUGGUGAGAAGAUGGCCCUAUUGGAGAAGAAGAUCUUGGAAAAAGUUAAUAGCCUGUUUCUGGUCAACUUGGGAUACGCUUAUGACACCAAGACCCACCUGUGCCUUGUCAUGACCCUGAUGAAUGGAGGAGAUCUCAAAUAUCACAUUUACAACAUAGGCUAUGAUGGAAAAGGUGUGGACAAGGGCAUUGAGAUGAAACGUGUCAUCCACUACACAGCGCAGAUCACGACUGGCAUUCUGCAUCUGCAUGACAUGGAUAUCAUAUAUCGUGAUAUGAAGCCAGAGAACGUGUUGCUGGAUAGUCUAGGCCAGUGCCGACUUUCAGAUUUGGGUUUGGCCAUAGAGAUUGUUCCUGAGAAGACCGUCACCCAGAUGGCCGGUACUGGAGCGUACAUGGCCCCGGAGCUUCUUAGCAAAACUCCCUACAGGACAUCAGUGGACUGGUGGGCCCUUGGUUGCAGUAUUUAUGAGAUGGUUGCUGGCUACACACCUUUCAAAGGCCCUGACAGCAAGAAAGAGAAGGUGGAGAAGGAGGAGGUACAGCGCCGUAUUCAAAACGAGGAACCCAAGUGGGAGCACAAGUGCUUUGAUGCUCCCACCAAAGACAUCAUCCAGCAGUUCCUCAAGAAGAAAAUUGAAGAGCGCCUUGGCAUGAAGAACAACAUGGAAGAUCCCAGGAAGCACGAGUGGUUCAAAUCCAUCAACUUCCCCCGUCUGGAGGCCGGCCUGGUCGAUCCUCCCUGGGUGCCCAAGCCCAACGUCGUCUACGCCAAAGACACUGGCGACAUCGCUGAGUUCUCUGAGAUCAAAGGUAUCGAGUUCGACGCAAAGGACGACAAAUUCUUCAAGGAGUUUAGCACAGGUGCUGUGGCCAUUCAGUGGCAGCAGGAGAUGGUUGACACUGGACUGUUUGAUGAGCUCAACGAUCCCAACAGGAAAGAGGGCGGAGGAGAUCCUGAUGACGAAAAGAAGUCUGGCACGUGUAUAUUGCUGUGAGAGGCCACAUGUUUGUAUCUACCAUUUAUAACACUCAAUAAAUUGUUGCUUUUCUUGGUCAGAUGCACAUUAACACUGAUGUAAAAGACGAACGGAGAGAGGUGAGCACAAGCAUCUAUGUUGGGAUAGAUGUACUAUCCCUCUCUUUUAAAGAUGCUCAUGGUUUAGAGAUCUGCUGCUUUCAAGGCAAGGUUCAGUAAAAUAUUGAGGACAUGAUGAUGUAUUUUAAACAUCAUCUCUUUGUAUUACAACGUCUCUUGUAAAUACAUGUAUCUAAUUAUUUAGACUUGCAAACAUGUUGACCAAAAACUACUGCUAGGGGGAAAUAUAACAAUCUUUGGAUGAGUGUUAGAUUAGGAAGAUAAAGGCCUUUGUGCCAGAAAUACUAAUGACCUUUUGAUGAAAAAAAUCUAAAUCUGAACUGUCUCAAAAAAGCACUAACCCACCAUCUGGUUUCUUGUAUUGAUGCCAUCAAAGGUUUCAUUGUUUCUGCAAUACAAAGAGCUAUUUAGGCUCAGAGAAAAUUCAAGUAUUAAAUAUUUUAUGCUGUGGUCCUAAACCCCCGAUCACUGCAAGUGCAUCCAGGCUCUUUUCUCUCCGCCUGGCGAUUUAGUUUGACAAAAGCUAGAAAAAGCAAUUGUUGCUAUUGUAUGUAUUGUAUAUAAAGAAAUCUAUCUAUGCACAGAGAGGAAGGUAAAUAUGUAAGUUAUUUAAAAUGUAGUAUCUAUUGAUCUAUUUAAAAAUAAGAUGAAGAAUACCGAACAGCUCUUCACUAAGUCCCUCUACUGUUGGUGCUAUGAGGCUCAACUUAGUGAGAACUGUGUAGCCCUGGGAUGCUGGGAGAGACAUGAGAGCAGAAAUAGCAGUUACUUACUGCAUAUGAAGGAGAAACAUUUUAGAGGAGUUGGGCAAUAAAUUCCUGUACCAGGAACACGUAGGUUGCCCUGUUCACAACCCUGAAACAUUGUAAAACAUCAGGGCUCUUUUCUUAGUUUGAGAUGAAUAUGAGUAACUCAAACUAGCCGGAUCCCCAAUAAAAAAGAAAACACCACUGCUUUGGUUGUUGAGUUUAGAGACAUUGGUUAGUUCAAAGAAAGUCCUCGUAAUUUUUGUUUAACUUAUCUCAGGGUAAUUAUUUGCUUAAGUUUUUGAAUUUCCAGAUGUUGGGCAGAGUUGAGUGUUUACAGUUAAUGUGAAUACGAUAUAAAUAUAAAUGACACAUAUGUACUUGUAAAUAUUACAUGAA